AUGCGAAACAAGCUGAAACGAAACAGAACGUGCAGAGAACCAGCGAGGGAACGCCGCACCGAGGUGAUCACGUUAGCAUUAGCAUUAGCAGUGUCCAGCUGCUCCGACGAGGGAGAUUCCACAACUCCAGAGAGAAAGGUCCAACCGGGUCAGAGACAGAGGAAGACCUGCUCCGUGCAAGAUGUUAGAAUCGCCCCCAUUUUCCUACGCACACCGCUGCAUAGCAAGAGGAAAGAGAGCAGUGAUGCUAACCUGUGUCAGCCUGAAAAGAAGCUGCAGACACCAGUGCUUCCUCCUCCUCUUCCUCCUCGGUUGUCUCCAGUAGUUCCCCUCUUGGAGGAGGAUGAGGAUCUUGUGUCUACCCGGAGACGACAUGUCUCACCCUCAUCUCUGCGCAGCCGCCUGGAAGAAAUCAAAACAUCCAACCCAGCAUUUCCAGUUCAAACAGUGUUCAGCACUUUGCAGAAGAAAACCAGUCUGCAGGGAUUCGGAGCCAGCUAUGAGGAUGUUCUCUGGACAGACAAGUACAGUCCUCAGCAUUCAAGUGAGGUCAUCGGCAACUGUGGCUCAGUGAAUAAAUUACAGAGUUGGUUGAAGAAAUGGAAGUUAAGAGCUGACUGUGAUGAGAGGAGAAAGGUGGAGGAAAGGAGAGAUGAAGAUAACAGUACAGACUCGUGGGACUGUGGAGACUUCCAAGGCGAGGCUGUGGCAGAAGCCCACAGAGCGGAUCCUCUGUGUAACACCAUGCUGCUCACAGGGCCUCCGGGUGUGGGGAAGACUGCCUCAGUGUACGCCUGCGCUCAGGAGCUCGGCUUCAAGGUGUUCGAGGUGAACUGCUCCUCACAGCGCAGCGGCCGUCAUGUUCUCUCCCAGCUGAAGGAGGCCACCCAGUCCUACUUGGUGGAGACAUCGGGUAAAGACCCACUGAAACCAGCUUAUCUCAACAACUACAGCACCAACACUCCUAAAGCUGACACCUUACCUGGAAGACCGGUGCCUCCUAAAAAUGUCACCUCUACCUCAAAAAAGAAGAACGUUGGCCGCUCUGGCCUCAAAGGAAAAUCCAAUCCAGCCGCACUCACUUUGACCAACUACUUCAAGAUGAAGGCAAAAGCAGAUCACCUACAUUUUGGUGGCCCAACACCGCUUGAGAAACAUGUCGGCAAGAAGUUCACAUCACCAGGCAGCGAUCAAACGGUGACACGGAGCAAAAAGAAGGCCAUAUCACUCAUUCUGUUUGAAGAGGUCGAUGUUAUAUUUGACGACGAUGUUGGUUUCCUCGGAGCCAUCAAGUCCUUCAUGGCAACGACUAAAAGACCAGUCAUUCUGACCACCAAUGAUCCUUUGUUCAGAGAGAGAUUCAGCUGCAGCUUGGAGGAAAUCCUUUUCAAAACUCCAUCAGUUGUGAGCGUGUGUAGCUACCUGCAGCUGGUGUGUUUGUCUGAGAAUGUGCCACUGGAGUUGGACGAUGUCAGGAGCCUCCUCAGACAAACAAGUGGAGACGUCAGACGCUGCCUGCUGCAGCUGCAGCUCUGGGCGCUCAGUGGUGGAGGACAGGCAGCUCAGAGUGGAGACUCGUAUGCUGCUGAAGAUGGAGAUCAUUUAGAUUCUGGUCUUCAUCCACGGGACACAAGCUGCACAGCCUCCAUGCUAGGUCUCCAACCUGUCACCCCAAAGAAACUGCUGAACCUUCUAAAGGCAAGUAUUCAUUGUCGGCGCUGGUCUGAAACAGACAUGAACACGCUGCUGUGGCUCUUAUCUGAGAGCUGGAGAGGAGGUGAGCCUCUUCUAUACAACAACCUGGAGCUCCUUCUACCCAACAGAACGUCGGGACAGCACCUGGAGAAGAUGACUUGUUCUGGGCUACAGAGGGAGCUGACCCCCCCUCACAGUGAUCCUCGUGUCCUGCGGCUCAAAGGAGAUCUCAGUCCAAAGGCGUCAGCGACCGACAGGAAGCCUUUCAGGAAUAUCUCCAGACUUAGUAGAAGGAAAUAUACUGCAACCGUGUUUGAGGCAACAUCCACUUUAAAACAAACACCUCAAAGAACCUCAUUAUUACAAGGGGUUCAUUCCUCAAUCCCUAGUUCAAGUGACAAGACUGAACAAAUAUCAGACGCCUGUUUAGGCGGCCUGACCGACUUCUUUGACCUCAUGUCGUACCUUGAUAUCUCGCUUCCAGCUGCAGCGCCACUCUACUCAGGCUCAUGCAGCCCUGAGGCGUUUGUCUGGACGGGAGCAGAGAUAAAGGACGGCUUGUUGGAUGAGAGCAACGAGGAGGAGGAGGAGUGGGGUGGCAGCUGGAGCCACGAGAGGCUGCUGGAUAUUAAGGCUGCUGCUGAGGGCUUGGGCUCUCACAGAUGCUGGUGGCAAGUGUCUCAGGCGUGGACCGAAGCCCAAAAACAAAGACAUGAGCUGGGGGGCGAAAUGUGGGAGAGGCUGGUGGAGAGAGUGGCCUUCCCAGCAUCUUCCAAAAGACAGAACCUCAGGUUUAGUUUUCAACCUCUGUGUGGCACUAGUGUGUCCCACAGGAGGUAUGAUUUGAGCAGGAAGGUGCUCAGCAGUGAAUCCUUCAGCCUGCUGGGGAACAGUCGAGCCGUCUGUGUGGACUACAUGCCAGUCCUCCGCUCCAUCUGUCGCUAUCACAGAGCACAGCAGCAGGAAGAGGAGCCAAACAGUACGUGUGUGAACUACCUCAGGAACAAACACUUGGAUCUGUCAAAGUCGACCCUUCAACUCCUGGCAGAAGAUUUCUCUUAA